AGGGGCAGCAGAGGAAUGACACGGCUGAGCCUCUGAGCAAGAUCCUUAACCCCUAAUUACCGCAGGAACUGUCUGACCCUGCAUUCUCAAAAAUGUGUGUUGCUUUAGGAAAAGAGGUGUUAAAUUAAAUGCAACUUCUGCUACAGUUUGGUUUGUGUUCUACCCAGGGAGUUAAUGCUGACCAUUAAUUAGGGAAGGUUGAUAAGGUCAAUGAACAGCAACCCCCCCCCCCAGACUAGCAUUUUUGGUUGAUCCCAGCAAAUUAGCUCACCAGGAAGCCAGCACUGCACACACCAGUUUGUCCAGUUUGUCACAUGACACACACCCCUUUGUUUUAAAAGUGUAUGUGUUGUUUUUAAGACAGUCAAACAGUUUUAUUUUUUUAAACAAAACAGCGGGUAUCAGGUUCUAGGGAGGGUCCAUCUGGCAGUGUCAGUUACCUCCUGGCAAGGUCCCCUGCAGGCUUCACCCCAUGUAGAUCCCAUCUCCGCCGGGCAGGAGGAGGCAGGUGAAUCCUAGCAGAAGGGGGCUUACGGGCAGCAGCAAGAGAGCCCGUUUAUGCUUAGAAGGUUUCUCUGCUUCUCUUGCUGGUAUAGUCUUCCCCUUUAUGAAUCCUCAUCCAGUGUAAAUGCAUGUUAAUUUUCAGUGUUAAUGGCUUGUUAAUUUAAUCUUCUUUUGGGCUAAAGUAACCUCAGCCUCUGCCAAUGGGACAAAUGGAGACCAAACCAGGAGGACAGCGCACUAUGUUAAAGAACAUCUUAAUUACGCCAAACAAGCAACGCGGGAACGUCAUCCAGGCCUUCAGCGACAGCGUCCUCCGCGCCUCUGCUAGGGUUCGAGAGUACCUGGAGUUCUGUGACCCCAGAGGUAGAUUCCACCUGAGCCCUGGUGCCCUGGAGGAGAUCUUCCUGAUGAGCUGCAUCAGCCGCAGUGCACAGCUGCAGAUGUCAGACUCCUUCAGCUGCACCGCCAUGAGCAGAGAGCAGAAGGUCCUGCUGGGAGCUGACUGGGUGUGGACCUUCCCUGAGAGACAUGGAGAAGCACUUGAGGCCCAGAUAGUCGUUCGGGUUCUGUACAGUCUGGAUGACACCAUACCCCCCCCAGAAGCCCCUGAGGAGUCCCUACGCAUCGCCGAGAUGGCAUCGGGCCAGUGGAGCCGGCCGGAGAGGAUGGUGCGGUUCUGCUCCUCCAUCGGCCGGGACUGCUACGCCCUGUUCCUCUUCUUCGGCUCCAGGAACGACCCGGGCAGCAUCUCCGGGCUGCUCAGCAACAACCUCCAUGCGGCUCUUGGCAAGGGAGCCACAAUCGACCGGGCCUUUCUGGAACACUUCUUCAAAGGGUCCAUGUCCUUCUCCACUCCAGGCGAAAUGCUGGAGAGGAUCAAUCAGAAGCAGCGGAACGACCCCUUGACCAUGCUCAUCAGGUUCACAUAACCGGUACACGAAAAUGGACUGAAAUUUAACAACUGCGACUGCACAGCUGUUUAAACAGCCACGCUGCACAGUAACUGCUGUUAGUCUUCAGGCACCUUUUGUCCCUUAGAGACAGAUGACAUCAGUCAGAGAACUUCUAACUAUCAGCUUCAGAUAUAUGAUGUGUGGAGUCAAACACUGAGCUGAAAUAUCGUUCUCAUUGGUCAAAGUGCAAAUGAAAAGUAAUACAAUAUAAAUACUGAGACAUAUAAGCAUAAUAUAGACAACAAUUUAAGACAUGGCAUUAAGACAGAUUGAAAGGUAUGGUUAACAGCCUGUUGAUGAAGUGCAAAACUGUUACAGAAAUUUGGCAUUGAAGCAAAAUGUACAAUGAAUAAACAGAUUCAUAUACAGA